CCACCACUUAUCCCCUACAACUGACUCCGCACAGAAAGCUCGGAUAUCUAUACCACUCGCGCCAUGGACGACCAGAAGAACCUGUAUCUACUUCAUCGUGUCCUAGUCCAGAUUGCCAAGUUUGCUGUCACCUCGUUUUUCACCGAGGUCCGCGUCAUUGGAGGAGAAAAUGUACCAUUUAAAGGACCCACCAUUUUGACGGCAACACACCAUAACAUGAUGUUGGACCCUGCUAUUCUUUCAUCCGCAUUCCCGAACCGUCGUAUCCUACAUUACUGGAGCAAAGCUAGUCUCUUCAAGAACUUUAUAGUCCGUCAAAUCCUGAUCAGCUCGGGUAACAUUCCUGUCGAUCGCAAGAACAAGGACCGCCGGGGUCUGUUCCAAGGAACCAUCGAGGCCCUUUCUCAUGGAUCGGUCGUGGCUCUCUUUCCUGAAGGCACGAGCUAUACCGAGCCUCGCAUCAUGCAAGUCAAAGAUGGUGCUUCAUGGGCAGCACUCGAGUAUACGAAGUGGGCCCAUGAGAACCCUUCGCGAGCUACGCAGGCUCCCCUGGUCAUCGUACCAUCUGCGAUAGUCUACACCAACAAAUCCAAGUAUCGGAGCUAUGUCAUUCUGGAGUUUGGGCCACCCAUUUCUAUGGAUCCAUACAUUGAGCAAUUUCUCUCUUCGGACGAGGGUGCGCCUAGGGCGGCUGUCAAACGACUCACCAAGACCAUCGAGGCGCGACUUGUAGAGCUCACUAUCAAUGCACCUGACUGGGAUACUCUAUAUGCUGCAAGAAUGGCCCGUGAUCUCCUAUGGGAAGACGACACCAAGAUCAAUCGCAACGAAUUCGUGGCUAUAUCACAAACGCUCGUUGACCUGUUUUCGACUCCCAACAUUACGCCUAACUUCAAUUCCAUCAAGCGACACCUUCUUGAAUAUUACUCACUUCUCCAAUCCGCCCAGCUGACGAAUUCAGUCCUCUCAUCCUUACCCCUCCCCGCAUCGCUCGACCCAAGUCGUCCCGUUCCAAUUCCCAGCCGCUUGCUCACUCUACUCAUCCUCAUCAAAGAUAGUCUUGCAUGCCUGGUUCGACUACCUUUCUUCAUCUUUCCUCUCGCCAUCCACAUGCCGGCAUACUUUAUGGCCCGAGUUGGCGCUCGUCUCGUUGAGGAUGAGGAAGAAACACAAGCACAGAACAAGGUCAUAUUCGGCCUUCUCUUGCUCGCCAUGAUGUAUCCUGCAGCAUUCUUCUUCAUUUGGGCCUUGUUUUGGUACACACCUUUCGGCGCGGUUCUUAGUGGCGCCUUAGUUUCACUAACCGCCAUAUAUCAUACGAAACUCGUCAACAAUAACUAUGAGCAUGUUAAACGGCUUGUUGCCGCGUGGCGAGUCUUGAUCGGCGUCUGGGCACCCAAGAGCUGGGAAUAUCCACUACACACUCUCGCCCAAUAUACGACAACGCCAAUUCCACCACCCAACGCCUGGCUCUCUAACACAUCAAGAAGCUCAAGUCCUACCAACGCUUCCAACACAACAGCCUCAGCGCACGCACACGGAACGAUGGCCACUGGCGCACCCGCAGAGCCACCAGUCACUCCCUCGAUGCGCCGCAAACGCCGUCCGCGAACGGGUAGGGUCAUGAAACAUGUAUUGAGGGCGAGAGCAGAAGCCUCCACCGCGUUGUCGAGCCUGCUUGAACAGCUGGAGCAUGGCCCAUCAGAGAGGAGAGUCAACGCGUCGGUGCACAUGGCUAAGCUCUAUGGCGCGGUGAGCGGCGAUUCGGUCGAAACGGAAACGGGUUGGAGAUACUCAAAAGAGGUGGUCGCGUUUUUGAGGAAACGAGGCGCGAAGAUUGGGGAGCUGCACCAUUCCAUCGAGGGUGACUGGGCAGCAUAUCGUACGGAUGGCGAAAUGUCGCCUGCUGAUCAGGAUGACAGUGAAGAAUCGGUCUUCUUCUCGGGGAAAUGA